CGGGUGGGGCGGCGAUGAGCGACGGCGGCUCCAGGUAACCCCGGCCGGGCGGCAAUGAGCGCCGCGGCUUCAGGUAACCCGGGCCGCGCAGCAAUGAGCGACCGCAGUUCCAGGAGGCUGUGAGGGCUGCUGAAGAUGUCAGAUAGUCUGGAUAUUGAAGAGAAACCUCCAGCUCCACCGUUGAGAAUGAACAGCAACAAUCGCGAUUCUUCAGCGUUAAACCACAGCUCCAAACCGCUCCCCAUGGCCCCCGAGGAGAAGAACAAGAAAGCCAGGCUGCGCUCCAUCUUCCCAGGAGGAGGGGAUAAAACCAACAAGAAGAAAGAGAAGGAACGUCCUGAGAUCUCUCUUCCUUCAGACUUUGAGCACACCAUUCAUGUGGGAUUUGAUGCCGUCACUGGAGAAUUCACAGGCAUUCCAGAGCAGUGGGCAAGGCUACUACAGACCUCCAACAUAACAAAACUGGAGCAGAAGAAGAACCCACAGGCUGUUUUAGAUGUUCUCAAAUUUUAUGAUUCAAAAGAAACAGUUAACAACCAGAAAUACAUGAGCUUUACAUCAGGAGAUAAAAGCGCCCAUGGAUACAUAGAAGCCCAUCCCUCGAGCACAAAAACAGCAUCAGAACCUCCUCUGGCUCCCUCUGUGUCUGAAGAAGAGGAUGAAGAUGAUGAAGAGGAGGAAGAUGACAAUGAACCUCCGCCUGUUAUCGCCCCACGGCCUGAACACACAAAAUCAAUCUACACCCGCUCUGUUAUUGAACCUGCCGCUGCACCAGCACCAGCUAAAGAAGCCACCACUCCCCAGCCUGAAAACUCCAACACAAACACCCUGUACAGAAACACAGACCGGCAGAGAAAAAAGUCCAAGAUGACAGAUGAGGAGAUCCUAGAGAAACUGAGGAGCAUUGUGAGUGUGGGAGAUCCUAAGAAGAAAUACACUCGAUUUGAAAAAAUUGGCCAAGGGGCUUCAGGAACUGUUUAUACAGCAAUUGACAUCGCCACAGGACAAGAGGUGGCCAUAAAGCAAAUGAAUCUCCAACAGCAGCCCAAAAAGGAACUAAUUAUCAAUGAAAUCCUGGUCAUGAGGGAAAAUAAGAAUCCCAAUAUUGUUAACUAUUUAGACAGCUACCUUGUUGGUGAUGAGCUGUGGGUGGUGAUGGAGUACUUGGCUGGAGGCUCUUUAACUGACGUUGUCACCGAGACAUGUAUGGAUGAAGGACAGAUUGCUGCUGUCUGUCGGGAGUGCCUGCAAGCCCUGGAUUUCCUUCAUUCCAACCAAGUGAUCCACAGAGACAUCAAAAGUGACAAUAUUCUUCUUGGGAUGGAUGGAUCUGUCAAAUUGACUGAUUUUGGCUUCUGUGCUCAGAUCACCCCUGAGCAGAGUAAACGGAGCACAAUGGUGGGGACUCCUUACUGGAUGGCACCAGAAGUUGUAACAAGAAAAGCAUAUGGCCCCAAGGUGGACAUCUGGUCACUUGGGAUCAUGGCAAUAGAAAUGGUGGAAGGAGAGCCUCCUUACCUUAAUGAAAAUCCUCUCAGGGCACUGUAUCUGAUAGCUACAAACGGGACACCAGAGCUGCAGAACCCAGAGCGACUCUCGGCCGUGUUCCGAGACUUCCUCAACUGCUGCCUGGAGAUGGACGUGGACAGGCGAGGCUCUGCCAAGGAACUUCUGCAGCAUCCAUUUUUAAAACUAGCCAAGCCACUCUCAAGCCUGACUCCUCUGAUCAUUGCAGCGAAGGAAGCGAUUAAGAACAGCAGCCGCUAGCACUGCAGGUCGGCUUUGUGCCCUGCCAGCUCAGAGCAGGACUGAGAACACAAACUCUGUACAACCUCAACUCUCAUGCUGCGGGACAGAUGGAUGGAUGAACAAACCAACGGUCACAGUCAUGGUGGUAGGACCACCCCAGUUCCUCAAGGAGUAAAAAAAUUAUCAUUUGUCUUCUUCCUGCUUUCUGGCUCCUUAAUUUAUUUUUACAAUGAAUCGGGGCUAAGGACAGAGAGGUAAUGACAGAAAAUGCUUUGCUGCCUCAAUCAUUUCCAAGGUAAAGCAAAUUCAGUUGGAAGAUUCCCUUCCUUCUCACCCUGUGAAUAAGCUGUACAUUCACUUUUAAAUUGUCAGUUCUUUCUUAAUGAUGUAAAGUCGUGUUUAUGGGGUUUUUGGUAUGGUUUGGAAUUGGAGAAGGGCAAUUCUUCAUUCAUCAACUCCAGACUGCCUUUUGAAUAUGGCCCACUUGCCAGUUUUUGCCCAGUUGUGGUACUUCUACAUGAGGAAGAAAGUGCAAUUGCAUUUCCAACCAAAAAGGAAUGAAGAUGGGACAGACAAAGCAUCCUGUGGAGAUAAGGUGUUCAGCUGGGACUGUGUAGUGGUUCCGUUCUUGCCAAUUGCAUUUGUACCCCUGACUGCAAUCUCUGCCCGGGUGAGAGUCUGACUCAGCUGAAACAGCAGAAAGAUCAGUCAGUGUGCUCCAAACAGGUUUGUCUGAUGCAAAGCUGUCAGAGCAAUGUGAGGGGAGAGUGGGCCCAGCCGUGCCUGGGGCUGAGCCCCCGCAGAGCCCUGGCAGAGCCCAGAGCAACCUGAGCAUCAGCAGAGCCAGGCUGGAAGGAGGCACUGAGAACGACAAGAGGCAGCAGCCUGGCCGUGGGUGCCUCUUCCUGGGACAGGACUAAUCCUCCUGUCUCAGAGCCAAACUGGGUGGGGGCUGUUCUCCAGGGAAAUCGUGGCCAUACUGAGAAAUGCACAGCCUGGUGGGAUUGGCCAUCCUGAGUCUCUGCAGGAAUAGAGAAGAGCAAACAGAGCAGAGCGGUGGUGUCGCUUCUGAGGGUGCCUGUUCUUCUCCCAGCUGUCUUGUAGCUCCUGGGAAGGGUUCCUAGUGUCUGCGGAAUUCUCAGCAGAGAGGGAGGGGACCAGGCUGCUCUGCAGGCUCCUGCACAGGUGAGCAUCCUUUAGGCACAGGAGUUCUGCCCUGGGAACCGAGGCUGACACAGGGAACAACCUGCACAGUUCAGAUCUGCAGGAACCAGUGCAGCAGCCAGCUUGGGAAGAAAGCGCCUUAAAACCUGGAGCUGUGCACUGAGCAAGAACAAAGGUGUGAAAUGCAAAAUGGAAUUAAUUGCAGAAUUACUUGAAGGCACCAGGCCAGCCUGCUUUCUGCUGUCCUACGUAUGGCAAGCACUCCGCAAUGAAGCUCUUGAGUUCCUGCAAGAGAUGGAAUUGGGGAUGUGCCUGAGGAUUGUGCUUGACUAGUCAGCAGAUUUGGAAGGGAGCAAAAUACUUUCAGUAUGCAAUUUGUGUUCUAUUUAUUUGUUUCUGAAAGACAUGGUGUGGCUUCACUCAGUAAAAGCAUUUGCAUGGCAUAUUUGUUGCUGUAUUUUAGGAGUACAACUCAUUCAAGACCUUCAAAACAGCAACUGAAGCAACAUGCACCCAGUGAACAAAAAAACCCCACAGUAAAACAGCUUUCUGCUAUAGAUCUUCACGUUGGCCUGGUCCUGCCAAGGGUUCUGUAGCCUUUAAGCUGCUCACCACCUUCAUGUCUGGCCAGCAGGAAUGAAGGAUGCUUGGGCUGCUCUUGAAUCAGGCCAGGAGCAUGUCUGGCUUUGGCAUCCUGUUUAGUUGCAGUCUUUGUGUCGCUCGCGAAUGUCGCAAGUGUCCUUACUGCUGCUGCCCUCGCUCCCGCUGGCCACCACAGUGUCCUUGGCAGAGGCAGCCCUACCUGACUUACCACAGCUAAGCAGAAAUUAACUUUUCUUCAUUUUCUGGGGAGCACAACAGGUCCAGUUUUUCAGAUGGCCAAAUAACGCACUGAGGCAAGCAGCUCUGCUUUCCUGGACUGGGGGAACGUCGGCAGGAGCUGAGGGAGCUGCCAGGAGCCCACAGCUGGAGUGACAGUGGUUGACAGGAGCUGGAUCAAUGACAGCCAAGCUUUCCCCCAUAAAAGAAGCCCCUGGGAGUGAGAGUGGCCAGGACAGGCUAUCAGGCCAUAGUACAGUAGAUGGUGCAUAAGGGUGUGCAGGAAGGUGCUGAAGCCCUGCCAGCUUGACCAGGGAGCAGUGGUGUCCACACAACAGAAAGCUGUGGCUUCUGUAAGUGCUGCACCCACCACAAUCCAUGCAACGACCCAGACAGAGCUCUGGUGGGAUUGGGCUGCCAGCCAGGUGUCAACUGCAGGCUGUGCCCUGCUCUUAGGCGAGUCGUGGUGGCAGCAGCAUGAGUACAGCUGUGGGACAUGUGCCCAGCGAGAGGAACUCCUCCACUUUGGGCCAGAGCUACAGCUGGAGGUAAAUAGGGGCAGGAGUAUCCAAGCCCACUGAGCCCCUUUCCAUCAUUUAUCAGCAGUUGUGGCUAAGGACAAGAUCCCACAUGACUGGACUGUGGCAAAUGUGACAUUGAUCUACACAAAGACCCAGAAGGAGGGUCUUGGGAAUUACAAGUCUGUCACCCUGACCUCAGUGCUGGGAAAAGUCAUGGAGCAGAUCAUCUGGAGUGCCAUCACAUGGCACAUACAGAACAGCCACGGGAUCAGGCCCAUCUAGUGUGGGUUUGUGAUAGGCAGGUGCUGCCUGACCUGCCUGAUCUCCUUUUACAACAGCAUGACCUGGGGAUGGGGAACAGCUAUGGAUGUGUGGAAUUGAGUAAACUCUGUGUCAGUGUUUCCCACAGCUUUCUCCUGGAGAAACUGGGUGCUCAUGGCUUGGAUGGGUUCACUGUUUUCUGGGAAAAAAACCUGGAUGGAUGGCUGGGCCCAGAGAGUUGUGGGGAAUGGAGUGACAUCCAGCUGGGGCUGUCAGUAGGGGUGCAGCAGGGCUGGGUGCUGGAGCCAGUUGUGUUCAAUAUCUGUGUCAGUGAGCUGGGUGAGGGGAUCAAGGGCACCCUCACGUAACACCAAGCUGGGUUGGAGUGUUGAUCUGCUGGAGGACAGGAGGGCUCUGCAGAGGGAUCUGGACAGGCUGGAUUGUUGGUCCAAGGCCAGUUGGAUGAGGUUCAACAAGGCAGAGUGUCAGAUCCUGCACUUGGGUCACAAUAACCCCCUGCAGCUCCAGGCUUGGGAAAGAAUGGCUGGAAAGUGCCUGGUGGGAAGAGACCUGGGAGUGUUUAUUGAGAGCAGCUGAACAUGAGCCAGCAGUAUCCAGCUACCUAAAGAGAGGUUGGAGCAAUGGGGGAAUCACUCUUUUCCCAAAUAACAAGCAAUGGGACAAGAGGAAAUGGCUGCAAGUUGAGCCAGGGAAGGUUUAGAUUGGAUAUAGGAAAAAUCUCUUCACCCAGAGGAUGGUCAAGCAUUGGAACAGGCUGUGCAGGGCAGAGGUUGAGUCACCAUCUCUGGAGGGAUUUAAAAAGAUUUGUAGAUAGAGCACCUUGGGGACAGGUUUAGUGGGGGGUUUGGCAGUGCUGGGUUGAUGGUUGGACUCCAUGAGCUCAGAAGUCUUUUCCAACAUGAAUGAUUCUGUUCUGUUUAGAAGACUUUGUUUCUCUUGUGAGGUCUCAUUUUUGUCUGUCAGCUCAAGAUCUGUGUCUGUAGGAGGAGCUUCCUUGUGAAAGAGUAACUUGGGCUGGAGAUGGGCUGCUCUCAAUGUGUAAAGCGUUCAGCAGGAUGAAAUAUGUUUGUAUUCCUGUAAGAAGUGAAGAAAUGAGUGACAGUUUCUGUUUCCAGUAUGUAUUUUAUUUUUUCCUAUCCACAAAAGAACAGACAACCAUCCUUUAAAAGGAAAGCACUUUGUAAUACACAUGUUUGCUGGACAUACAGUCUAAAUACUUCUGUUGACAAACUACUUUAUUUGAUUGGGGAAGGGGGGAAUUUCCUAUUUUUUUUCCUUUAUGUAUUUCAGCAUCUCUUCUUGAAAAAAACCCCACCACCACGACUUUCCAGAAGACAGCAGGUAUGAAAAAUAAGGAAAUCAAAUGGUAGCUUUUUUUUUUCUAAUCAGUGUAUGCCUUGGCAUACAGACUAUUGUUGGCACUGACUUUUUAAAGACAGCUGCUGUCCUAAGAGGCCUUACUUAAAAUUUUAUUAAAUACUAUAUUCCUUUCUCUUUGCAUCAGCAAAUCUAGAGAUUUUUCUUUUAAAACCAAUUCCUGGGAGGCAGACAAGAUUCAGCAGAAAUAAUCUCUACUGUGGCUGUUUUCAGCAUGGACUGUACCUGCCCUGUGUGACAGGCAGGGAAUGUUCCUGCAGUAUGCCUGUGGCUCCAUGCUUGGGACAGUCUCUGGUGCUGAUUCACACUCACUGGUACUGAAAGAUGGCAGCUGUGUUUGUAUCCUCCCAGCCUGGAUAUUAAAUGUAGAAAAGACACUAGUAUUUUUAAAAAACCCAGCAACACAAACCCACAAAAUCCAGUCCUGAGGGGAUCAAGUCUUGUACAUUAUUUACAGGCUCACAGAGUAUAUUAGGAUUGACAAGAGCAUUGGCCUUGCAGAAAGGAAAGAGACAAAUAGUGUAAAAUCUCUGGAGCCACCUUGGGUUUUCUGACUGCUAUCCUCAGAUCAAGCAAUUAGUUAUAUAUAUUUUUGAAGUAUUAGAAAUACUCUGUUUCUGUUACAAAAUGGGUUUCAGACACUUUUAUUCCAAGGUUUUAAAAGAUUGGUUAAUUGUCUUCAUUUUUAAAUUAAACAGUGAAAUACCCUAACCAAGAACUUGACUAUGAUUCCCAUCCCUGCAAUGAAGACGUGAAAAUGAGCCAAUAGCUCACUGUGGUUUAAAUGUGUUUUGGGACAAAAGCAUGGUAGCAGUAAAGCCAGGGAAGUUUGAGAAGCACAGAAAAGUUUAUUUAUUUAAGAAAAAAAAUAUAACCAUACCUAUGUAAAAUUCCAUACAACUCCUGCAUGCGCUCCUGGGAACCUGCACAGGGGUGGAUCUUACAGUGCUCUCAGGGUUGGAUCCCAAACUUGGGCCGGGGUUACAUUCUCACUUCUUGUGUCCAGUGCUUUUGUAAAUAUAUUUAUUCUUCAUCUUUGGCUAAUGGUUGGCCACUCCACUACACACAAAAGAACUCAAGGGUUUGUGCUGAGUUUCUUUGAAGCCUGUGGCUGCACUUUGGCAGGUCUUUGAGUCAGUUCUUCCCUAUGUCCUGACACCAAAAAUGAAGCACACUCCAGUCACCACGAGAAGGGAAGUACCUGUCUCGUGUCCUCUAGUUGUAGGAAAUGUCACUGUACUCUAUUGUCCAUACAGCAGUUAUUUCCAGUGUGUAAUCCUUGGUGUGGCUACUGACUAUUCCUCACACUGAGCAUGUAAAUAUUUGUAUUUCUUAGUCCAGUCCUGAGCAAAUCCAGUGAGCAAAGAGCUGGAGAGAGCCCUGUGACAUCUACCAUUAAAGGAAGGAGCCAGUGUUUCUUUGCUUGACACCCAGGAAUGCACUCAAGUGCCAGCUUUGCCUUGCUAAGUGCUGCCAAGUCAGUGGUCCAUACGCAUCCUGGUGUUCCUGCUUCCUCUUGGACCAUUCAUUCAUGCCCAGAUGUGCAGCAACUUAAUGAUGGUUUGAUGAGGACCUAUAAUAUAAGUGUUCAUCCCCCUUUUGUUUCCCUCUCCACUCCCCAUACCAGGUAAAUAUCUCCAAUUUUAUCCCAAGUUUUCAGGAAGCAGACAAAGGAUAACCUUUGUCUUUCAAGAGAAACCAUCCAAGCUUUUUUUGAGUGUGAUUUGCACUUCAGGGAUCUUCAAAACCUCUCUUUGCUUGUGUCUGUCCUUGAGCUGACAAGGUAAUUUUAUUUUUCUCGCUGAAACUUGAAGAAUCUUACUUAUCCAUCUCUCUUUGGAUGCAGUUUAGAGCUGAUUGCCAUAAUCCUAGCUGUGCAUCAUGCCUGCAAACCAUCACUGGCCUGAGCCUACCAACAGUUGCAUGUACCUUUGGUUACAAGAGUUAUCUCAAAAGAAAAAAUGGUCUUAUAGCAAAGAGAAGGAAGGCUGCCCAUAUGCUCUGUAUGAGUGCCCUCUGGGCUGCCAUGUGGGCACAAGCCUAAAAACCUUUUCUUGCUGCUUAGCAAUUUCCCCAGGCAAGCACUUGAGUUGUGUGAGAAUCUGACCCUGACUGAGGAAACGGGGGGCAAUAUCAUUAGUUAAAGUUGAUAAUAUUGAAAACUGCUAAUUGAUUUAAUAGUCUGUGAUCACAGUGACUUUGGCCUGCACAGUUUCCAAGCAGACCGCACAUCAGCACCUGUGUGUAAGGUACCUUCUGCUCUGUUUGGUGGCACCAUGUUUGCAGCUGCUGGAGCCUUGUGAGCAGCACCUGCCUCACCCAACUUAGGUCCAGAGCCAGCAGGAGCAGGGUUGGGCACCAUGGCCUGGGUUGGAAUGCAGGUCAGAAGAGCUGUCAGACCCAUGUGCACACGCCUUGGAAUCACAGCUCCCUGGUGUUACAGGUUUAUGGAUGCCAGCCACUAGAACUGGUUCCGACCCUGGUAUCCAGAGGUCUUUUCCAGCAAAAAGUAUUCUACAGUUCUGUGAUUCUGUCUGCUGGAUUCAGCUAGGUCCAUGUUGGCAACUUCAUUUUGAUCAAAAAGUUUCUUCUUGGUCAGCUCUUGUGGCCUAAGGCUUCAGCUCCUUUAGCUCCUAAUGCUGAGCUGCUCAUGCUAAAUGAGAUGACUUUGGGAGAAGAAUACGUUUCAUCCAAUUUCUUCUAGAACACUGAGAGGGUGAGUGUGUGAAAACAUGAGUAUCAUUUAUGUGUAACCUCCUCUCUGCCCUUCAUGCCUCUGAGGGGUUUGAAGCAAGAAAGAGCUUUCCAAAAGGGUGGAAUGAAGCAGCAUGUUACUUCUCCCAGGUCUCACUCUUUCCAGUCUCUGCACUUGACUAGUUUUGUCCCUCUUUCUGUGUCCUUUGCUGCCCCUGUGCUCAGUGGCUGCUACCCAAGGCUGUGUAACUGGCACAGAUAAAGUGGUUGAGACCCUCAUUUUUCUGUCCUUUGAGCUGCCUGGUCACAGCAGCCUUUUCCAUCUGGAAACUCAAUAUGGGGAGGGAUCCCCCCACCUCUGUUCAUUGCAAAACCUCCAGGAGCCCAGGGCUGCCAUCUGAAGUCAGCACAUGGAGGGCUCCCAGAUGCCUCAGGCUGGUGUGACACCACUGCAAAUGGGAGGGAAUAGUGGCAGGAGGUUGUUUUGAAAGGUCCAUUUGCUGCUGCAUGCUGUGUGUGUCCAGCCCUGCCCCAGGCUUGGGGAUCAAAUUCAGGCGCUGCUGCUGCUCCCUCUGGAGCCAGUGAGAAUUUGGUUGUUGCUCUCAAUGACAGCUGAACUGGUUGCUGAAGCAGCAGGUGCUGACAGUGCCCCAAGCCCUGGGCUGGAUGGGUCCCUUGGCUGCCUGGAUGAGUGGGAGCUGCCCCUUUUUCUCACUCUGCCUCACACAAAACUGUGCUGGUCACAAGUGGGUCAGCACAGCAAACAGGCAGCCUGUGAGUCUCUUCCACCUUGUAUCUUGAGAUUUUUGACCUUUGGGCUUGAGCUGUACAAAGGCAGCUGCUUUUGGUCCGUCUGUGUAUCCCCACAUUAUCAAUGCUGCUAAAUCUGUCACAGCCAGGGGAAGGAAAGGCCUCAGCCCUGCAGGGCCAGGGGCUGCCUGGGCAGCUCAGCCAGCAGGAAGGGAGCUGCUCCACACAGGAGCCAGGAGCUAGGGACUGCAGCACCUCCUUCUUGGGCAGAGCCCAAAUUCUGUGGGGGAACGUUAGCAGAGUUAUUCUCGUGCACUGGUGCGUCAGCACUGCAGGUGCUGUGCCUGCAAACACAUGGUUUGAGAUCUGCAAAGGAAUUCUGCAACUCUUGACUGGAUCAGGAUGUCACCAGUGCUAAACUCCAGUUUAGUCCAAAGCAACCAGUUUACACCUAUGCUGGUGUGUGCUAGAUUUUUUUCUUCAGGGUAUCCAGACAAAAGUAAACAGAGGAGGAGCCUACAUUUUCAUUGUUUAUCAGAAAUGUAUCUCAUUUUGCUGUACAUUCCUUUUUUAGGACGUGUUAUCUGUUUAAAAAAAAGAAAAAAGAAAAGAAAAAACAGAAAAAAUACGAAAGAGAAAAACAAAAAACAAAUGUGUAGUGAAAAAUCUUCUGUAACUUUGGAUUAAGAGGUAACUGAUCUUUUUAAAAGGAGAACUAAGUUAUUUACUUUGUAAAUGUGCUGAUGGCAUGGAUCCAUCUUAUUGACCUCAGCAUCCUUUUUUUAAAGAUUUUGGGUUUUGUUUCCAAUAUUAAGUUAUUUUAAAUUGUGGUUGAAGCAAUAGGAAAUUGAAAUAUGGAUUGUGCAUGACUGUGUCUUGAGUGUAAAAAUAUUGCAGUUUGAAACUUGGACCUAAAGUAUUGCAAAUAAAAGUUAUAAAUUCCA